GGGAAUAAGUUUCCGUCGGAAAUUAGUUGAUUUUUAGGAAUAUUGAACAGACAAUCAAUGUCAAAAACUUGUUAAGAGUGACUGCGUAAAGAUUGGGUUUCAUUUUUAUCCGUUUUUACGGUUUUAGCCUAAUUUUAAAUCAUUUUUCUGAACUGUAAAAUUUUCAAAAAUUCAUUAAGUUUAAAAAAGAAACGCAAACUUAAAACCAAUUGCAAUUAAACUUAAUGCUUUUUUAAAAGGGAAUCUCAGUUAUUUUGAAAUAUGGGUAAACAUUCAAAAUAUUCGCAUGGCUAUCCAACCCAGUGGAGUCACUGGAUGUACCCACCAAAGAAUGUUUCAACGAUGCAAUAUAUCGCAACUGCUUUGAAAGGGCAAUGGAAGGCAUACCAAGGAACUUACCGAGCAAAUUGGCAAAUUUUACCUGUGACCGCCUUUGUUUUAUGGGGAGCAUGGAAAAUUAGCGUUGCAGGAGCGGAUUCACCGUUCUCUGUCAGCAUUCGAUCAGAAAAAGGAAAUUGGUUGUAUGGCCCACCUGAUCCAAGAGCAGUCCAUCAUAGACACGAGGAACAUAUUUUGACGGCACCGGACAAAUAAACUUCACGCAACGUUUUAAAAUUAAAAGUUCUGUUCUCAUUAUUGGCUCUAUUUAUAAACUUUGGUUUUGAAAAUUUUGUCAAAAUUUGUUCAUUUGUUGUGAAAUAAACCAAUUAUCUGAACAA